AAACAUGAGUUUGCUGGCAGCCCAAAUUUUGAAUUGGUGAUCCAUUCUGUAACUCAACUGGAAAGUCUGCUGAGUUAUUUUCAUAAAACAUAAAGUUCUGAUGCUAUUUUCAAUGAUUUCGACAUGUUUGGUUGUCGUCCUUAUGUACUCGGCGGUAUGGAGCUUUGAGGCUCCUGAGGAGAAAAAGGAUGUGUUUUCCAGCACAGCCUGUCCUGCUUUCCUGACCUUCACUAAUGCUGCUUACAUAUCCGGGGUGACCGUGGAGCUGCCAUGCCACUGCAAACCAGAGGAGGUCCAAUCAGUUGUCUGGUUCUUCAGAAAACACUGGAGCAACUUUGAUGAGACCCGAGCUCUGACAGAUCACCAUGGCAACAAGUUGACGGACACAAGUAAGGUCCCUCACAGCAGUGACCUGCGGAGUCGAUUCUCCAUCCGGAUGUUUAGUUUGCUGAUAUUCAAAGCGGGACCCGAAGACUCUGGCCUCUACAUCUGCGGCUCCGCGCAUAAAGACUUCUUCUAUGGUUACGACCUGGACAUUCAGGAAGCGCCAACGCUCAUUUCCCCCCCCAGGGUCUCUACAGAAAGUAGAAAGAAGAGACACAGAAGCAGUUUCGUCGUCUAUUCCCACCCGAUGUACAAGGUUUUCAUUAGCUUCCGGUCCUGGUCGGUGUGCGACCGCUGCGGCGCUCCAGGUGAGCAGGUCCGUAUCGGACUCUGCUACGUUCACUCCCGUUUCCUGCAUGUGCGCUACAGAAUGGCCAACCAGACAGUGGCUUCCUGUGGCUCAGAAGGAGUCCCCAUGUCAUUCAGCCGCAUAAAUCAGGCGCCGAAGGUAGAAAUCAGAAGCUGCCAAGUUACAUGCCCACCUGAACCUCCCCCACCCUCAAAGCUGACCGCUUUGAUGACGUUUCUUGGCUACAGUUCUGCGUCUUCCCCGGUACCAGUACCCGUGUUCUACCUGAGCCACCCAGCAGACGGUGUUGUCACCCUGGGUUGCCCUGGAGCCCGUCCCAACAUGGUGGUGGGCUGGGAUCAAGGGUCCAAACCAAUCUACAGAUCUGAGAAUACAUCAUCAGGGAGCUUUUAUCCAAGGAUAACAAUAGAUACUGGCCAUCAUUUGGUAUUCAACCCAGCAAAAAGCCGAGACUCAGGAGUCUACUACUGCUGGCUUCAGGGCCGUCGGGCAGCUCAGAUCCGUCUGCUGGUGUAUGUGCAUCUGGGAAAAGACCAGACAGUUUGGGCCAGUCCGGACUUCCCAGAAUCCAUGAAAACUUUGUUCACAUAUUAUGGUGUGAUGACGGCUGUGUUUUGUCUGAUGCUGAUUGGCAGAAUUGGGUUCGAGCUCAUCAGAGACAGGUUUGGAACACAUGAUGAUUAAACUUAGUCAAU